ACGAACGAAGGCGUUGAUCCUUUUUUGUCAGCUGUCGUGGGCGUGAUGGUGCUUCUGUGCGGCAUAUCGGACGAACCGCCUCGCAACCAUGGGUGCCAUGGUCGGCAGGUGAACAUGGCUGCAUCAAGUGUCGAAGGACCUCUGAGCAAAUGGACAAACGUCAUGAAAGGCUGGCAGUACCGCUGGUUUGUGCUAGACGACAACGCGGGACUGUUGUCCUACUACACCUCUAAAGAAAACAUGGCCCGGGGAGCCCGGCGUGGCUGCGUGCGACUGCAGGGGGCAGUCAUAGGAAUCGACGAUGAAGACGACAGCACCUUCACGAUUCGCGUGGACCGCAAGAUCUUUCACUUCCAAGCGCGCGACGCAGAGGAGCGAGAGCGAUGGGUGCGUGCGCUGGAGGAUACGAUCCUGAGGCAUACGUUACAGCGGCAACCGAACACACGUCUGUGGGAUCAGACGGGCAUUGUGGCACCGACGCAGCACAACUUUGACACCAAGCUCACCGAAGCAGACUCUUACCUGCAGCUUCUCAUCGAGCAAAUCAGGGACUUGGAGUACAGCAUCGACAAGGUCGCUGAUCCGCGCGAGAAGCAGCAGCUGUCCGGCAUCGGGAGCAAUGCCAACGCACUGUUGGAAACUGUCAAGCACACUAUUGUGCUGUUGCAGAUUGCCAAAAACACUGCUCAACCUGUGAAUGGGGUCUACCCUCAGCGUAGGGGAACUGAAGAUCGACCUGCCCCGUUAAGAACUCGAGAUGAGGCUGCCGCCACAGCGGGCAUUCAAGCCCAUGAAGCCCCCCGGGCCCUGAGCACCGCAGACCACGAGAGUGCUCCCCCAGACUCCAAAGUGCCACCUGUGUCUUACUCGAGCGACGACGAGGACGAGGAAUUCUUCUUUGACACUCAGGAGGAGACAGAACACGGGCCGCCAGUACCUCACCCUAUGCCUCAGCCACUUGCUGAUGCUCGCUCCACUGAGCCCACAAGUGACAAGUCCAGCACUGACGUUAUGAGCCUAGCUUCUAGUUCACAAGCAGCCGCAUCUGUCUACUCAGUCUACGAUGCUGCCUAUGAAGAUGAUGCUGAAGAUGAAUUGGGCUCCCUGGAGGGCCAGAAAAGUGUCUUCUCGCACUUGCUGUCCCAAGUGCGCAUUGGCAUGGACCUCACAAAAGUCACACUGCCAACAUUCAUCUUGGAGCGGCGGUCACUAUUAGAAAUGUAUGCCGACUUCUUUGCCCAUCCAGACAUCUUUGUCAGCAUAGUGGACCGUGAUGACCCCAAGGAGCGGAUGGUCGAGGUGGUGCGAUGGUACCUGUCUGCCUUUCAUGCCGGCCGCAAGAGCUCCGUCGCCAAGAAGCCAUACAACCCAAUCCUAGGGGAGGUCUUUCGCUGCUACUGGAGGAUGGGGGACAAACCUGGGAGUCUUGUCAAAGAUGGUCCUGUGCCUUGGGCCACCACUAAUGAUUUAACCUUCAUCGCCGAACAAGUCUCUCAUCACCCGCCAGUGUCUGCCUUCUACGCUGAGCAUGCAGCCAAGGGUAUAGCAUGUUGUGCCCACAUCUGGACCAAGUCCAAGUACCUGGGCAUGAGCAUUGGUGUGCACAACGUGGGCCAGGGCUGUAUCAUGUUCCUACGGCACGACGAAGAGUACGUGGUGAGCUUCCCCAGCGGAUACGGUCGCUCCAUCUUCACCGUGCCCUGGAUCGAGCUGGGUGGCACGGUUGAGAUCACUUGCCAGAAGACGGGCUACAACGCUGUCAUUCAUUUUCACACCAAGCCCAUGAUUGGUGGCAAGAAGCAUCAGCUGACAGCUGAGGUGUUCCCUCCCAAUGAGCGGAGGCCAUUCAUGACAGUUACCGGUGAAUGGAACGGCGUCAUGACGGCCAAAUACCCAAAUGGCGAUCAAGAUGUGUUUGUGGAUACAACCGCCUUGGGAACCACAAAGAAAAUAGUGCAACCAAUUCAGCAGCAAGAGUCCUACGAGUCGCGCAGGUAUUCCACAUGGAAGGAGAGCACUGGGCUUACGACCACUCACUCCAGAAGCGAAUGGGAAAGAAGAACUGAAGACUACCAUUGUCUCUGCCGUCCGUGCAUCACCAUGGCAUGCCACCUCAUCGAGAUGCCACAGUUGGCGAGAGCCAGGCAGACUACUACUCCCAACUACCAUUCAGCUGGCAUGGUCCUUGCUGCCGCCAGCCUUUCACUAUGCAUUCCAACCGGAGUGCCUCUCGCUCGGGACUUGUGAGGUGCAAACACUUAGCCGCCCGCCCAGGCCAUAAGUUUUCUUCCCCAGCUUGGCACCCACCGCAUGGAUGACCCUGGGGCCCGGGCACCGACCUGCCUGGCCCCUAUGGUUGCAAAAAGAUGUGGACCUGCCACAUUUGACUCGAAAUGUACUCUACUAGUCGCGGGCCUGCAAUGGAGGGCCAUGAUGUGCUACCGACAUAUAUGCAGUGCUCACCGAAGCUGGAACAGUGAUUAGGGACUCAACGGGUGAGGAGGGGCAAUCAAAACCCUCCAUUUCGAGCAAUAAAAGCGUGGCCUUCUUCUUAAGGCCACGCCCUCUGAUCAUCUCAUAAAA